AUGCUACCCUCCUAUGAAGCUCAUCACAUGAAGACGGGACCCGACCAUCUGCUGUUCCAAGACUACAUUUCUGUCAAAGAGGAGACAGGAGCAGCACACCACAUCUUCGAUCAAUCCCCAGAUACCCCGGUCACACCUUCUCGCGUAAUCUCUCCCACAUCUCAGGAGCCUAUUGCCUCGAUGGACCCAUCUAAUCACGGCCAAGCCAAAGGCGCCCUCCGCAAUUCUGCACAGCAUUCAGGUUCUGGCUCAUCUGAAUCCAGAAUGGAACAAAGCGAUUCAGUGAUGGCAUCCUUUCAUAAUAACCACGAAGCUCCUCCCAGUACCCAGGAAGUCUUAAAUGAGUAUUGGCUCUAUUUGGGCAGAUACCUUGAAACGGCCGGGGAUCCUCAAGAUAUGCUGCGCCCUGUCAAGAAUGCGCACUCAUCUUCGCAAUCGGUGCCUGCUGGCAACGGUUCGCAGCAGAAGACAAGCACACUUUCUUACCCUAAAGGAGUCACUGGUGCAAGAUGA